AUGGCUCCGCCACCCGAGAUUGCCAUCCCGUCCACGAGUGUCUCUGAAGAUGUCGGUUCCAAACCAUACACACUGUACAACAUCACGCUCCGCCUACCCCUACGGUCGUUUGUUGUGCAAAAGCGCUACUCGGACUUUGCAAGACUUCACAACACGCUCGUCCAACAAGUCGGCGUGCCACCGCCGGAGCCCCUCCCCGGCAAGCACUGGCUCAAAUCUACCGUGCGAUCACCAGACCUCGCGAGGAACCGACAAAUUGCCCUGGAGAAGUAUCUACGGACGAUUGCAGAGACGCCGGACCGGCGAUGGAGGGACACCUCUGCCUGGCGGGCGUUUCUGAACCUGCCCAGCACCAGCACUACCAGCUCGGCGGUGUCGGCGUCGGGAAUGGCCAGACCGGCCGCCACGGGAGCAGCAGAUCCCCAGACAUGGCUGGACAUGUACAGAGAGUUGAAGCAGAACCUGAACGAGGCAAGACAGUGUCUGUCACGGAGAGACGCGGCAUCAGACAGCGGCAACAGCACAGCAGCGGCAGAGGCGGGCUCAGCAGCGAGCAAGGUGCUUUUCAAAGCCGGCAUCCUCGUCACCAGCUUAUCAGACGGCCUCCGCAAGAUGCAGGAAUCCAACAGGCUGGGCGAAGGCGAGCUCCGCCGCCGCCGAGAUCUCGUAUCCAACGCACGCAUGGAGCGCGACGGCCUCGAGAAACUAUCCACCGCCCUAUUCACCGCAUCGGCGUCGGGCAGCAACCCCCGUAACGGUGGCAACAGCAGCGUCAGCGCGGCCGCCGCCGACGAAAAAUCAACCCUUCUCAAGAGCGCCCGCCCCACGACGGGCCGCGUCCUCGGCGCACCGCUCCCCGAGACGGCGCAAACCAGGGAACUCGACAACGAGGGGGUUCUCCAGCUGCAGAAACAGGAAAUGGCCUCGCAGGACCAAGCCAUCGACCAGCUCGCCGAUGUUAUACGGCGCCAAAAGGCCAUGGGCAUCCAGAUGAAGAACGAGGUCGAUGCGCAGACUGAGAUGCUGGCCGCGCUGAACGGCGAUGUGGACAGGGUGAAUGACAAGCUGGGCGUGGCUCAGAACCGGAUCAAGAAGCUGUGA